AUGAUGGGUAAUUUUUUUUAUUAAAUAUGGAGACUUAAAGUUCAAAGUCAUGUCCUUGAAGAGGUGGGACAUGGGAAUCCAGAAAAGAAGUCUGAAAAAACAUACAUACAUACUGUGUAGUGUGUACUGGGUCAAUACUCCCAAGCUAGUGCUGAGGAUGCGGCCUAAACUAUUUUCCGUCCUGCUUCUCUUCUUCGGAUUUGCAUCUGCAGAUUAUCUCAAGAACCCAGAUUUUGAAACGCCGCCGACGGACCUGCCUGCCGGCUCUUCUCUGCAGCUAAACCUAAACAACAAGAUUCCGGGAUGGUCCUUUGAAGGGACGGUUCUGUAUGUAACAGCAAGUGAAGAUAUAACUCUGCCGGAUAAUGGGCACGCCAUUCAACUGGGCCCAGAUGGCAAAAUUAACCAGACCUUCUUUGCCAGUGAUGAUGAGAUGGAGUAUCUCCUCACUUUCACGCUUGCCGCCGGUGGCCGGAAUUGCUCUACCUAUGCUGGUUUUGUAGUGUCAACUCCAAGCAGUAAAGGCUUCUUCAAUUUCAACCAGCAGUAUGGAAAGGAACCGUGGCAGAUCUAUGGCCAUUACUUAGGGUUUUUCAGUGAGAAAAUGCCCAUUAACCUUGUGAUUGAGAGCCAAGAAACACAACCCAGUUCCGAUUCCGAUUCCGAUUCUGAUUCCACCUGCUGGCCGGUGAUCGAUUCCCUGCUCGUCACAGCUGUUCCAACCUGGGAUGGAGAUACAAGUAAUUUUCUGUUUAAUGGAGGGUUUGAAUUUGGUGCGGAAUUUCCUAGCAAAUCUGCUGAGGGUAUUCUACUUAAUGCAGCCCCGAAUCAUGAUGAGUCUUCAUUGAGGGAAUGGACUGUGAUAGGAACAAUCAGAUACAUAGAUUCUGAGCAUUUCUUUGUUCCGGAAGGGAAUGCUGCAAUUGAACUCGUCUCAGGAGUUUCAUCUGGCAUAGAAAGGGCAUUAAGGCUAAAAGAAGGUUCUACUUAUAUCUUAGAGUUCACUUUGGGAGAUGCUAAUGAUGGCUGUGAGGGAGAUUUCAUGGUAGGAGUUCGGGCUGGAUCUGUAGAACAGAGAAUAAUGAUACAGAACAAGAGAACAGGGUCAGCAAAUGAUUUUUCUAUGACAUUCGACGCAGGUCCAGAUGAUACAGUAAUCAGUUUCCUCAGCUACAGCACAACUAAGACAAAAGAUGGCAUUUUCUGCGGUCCUAUGGUUGAUAAUGUUGUGUUGCGUCCUCUGAAGAGCCAGAGAUCAGGAUACAAGUUCACUCUGAUGAAUCUGUUGUUCUUGGCAGCUAUUAAAGUGUUUUUUUAAGCAAUCAUCUUACUGGAGAAGCCUUUUGUAUGGUGCCAUAGAUUUUGUUUUAGGAAGUUGGAUUUGGGAAUACAGUCUUGCUUUGCAUUCUGUGUCUUUUGGAUGAAAAUGCUAUCUAGCAUUCAACUUUCUUCACUUAUGUUACAAUUCAUUAGAGAAGCUGAUAUGUUUUUGCCUUUAGGACAUGAGUUUGAGCUUGUAAGGUGUAAAAUUACUAUCGUUGACCAGGAAAAUACAAAAUUCUGAGGACAUGUGAGAACAAACUAAUACUGUGACU